GGGAGGGGGGUUCUCGCGAGAGGCUCUGCUGCAGGAGGAGGCGGUGGCAGCGGCAGUCCUGCUGCGGGAGCGGGCGCGCGAGGAGGAGCCGGCUCGCGGGCGCGCGCUUGCCCCCUCCCAGCCCCGAAGCCUAGAGCGGAGGGGCUGCACCAUUCCGAGUGCAUCGUCCGCUUCUCGCCCGGCCGUGCAGAGCCUUGCCUUGCCGUGCAGAGCAUUGCCUUGCACUGCGUGGCAGCUCACAGAUUUUCUCCCUCUCCCCUUCCCCCCCUCUCCCCCAAGUCUCUGGCUGUGGAGCAGCCCUCGGGUGGCUCAGGACCAAGAAGACGUGGAUAGAUCCGUGGCUGCACCUGAGUGCCAAGGACUGGUAUCACAAUGGCAGAAAAAGUGAACAAUUUCCCUCCCCUGCCCAAGUUCAUCCCUCUGAAGCCAUGUUUCUAUCAGGACUUCGAGGCUGAGAUUCCCCCUCAGCACCUCACUAUGACCAAACGCCUCUAUUAUCUCUGGAUGUUAAACAGCAUCACAUUGGCCAUGAACCUGGUGGGCUGCUUGGCGUGGCUGAUUGGAGGCGGUGGAGCUGUUAACUUUGGACUGGCCUUUCUCUGGUUCAUUCUCUUUACCCCCUGCUCCUAUGUCUGCUGGUUUCGGCCUAUUUACAAAGCCUUCAAAUCAGACAGCUCUUUUAACUUCAUGGCCUUCUUCUUCACCUUCUUGGCUCAACUGGUCAUCAGCAUCAUCCAGUCUGUGGGAAUUCCUGGCUGGGGAGUCUGUGGCUGGAUUGCAACCAUCACUUUCUUUGGGACCAAUGUGGGAGCCGCAGUGGUGAUGCUUAUCCCUACCAUCAUGUUCUCAGUCAUGGCUGUAUUUUCCUUCAUCGCUCUCAGCAUGGUUCAUAAAUUCUACCGGGGCAGUGGUGGAAGUAUAAGUAAAGCCCAAGAGGAGUGGACUACCGGAGCUUGGAAGAAUCCCCACGUGCAGCAGGCAGCCCAGAAUGCUGCCAUGGGGGCUGCCCAGGGAGCUGUGAGCCAGCAUCAGAACCCAUACUCUGCCACCCCCAAUUACACUUAUUCCAACGAGAUGUGAGCAGGAGCCUGGGAGGGCAGGGAAGGGGGAACGUAGGAAGGCCGGGAGGGAGAGGAGCUGAUCUCAUGCUGCCUUGUGCCCAUCUGGGUGAUCGAGUUGGAGUUACCUUCUCCCAUCCUUUCCUUUCUUUCCCCAUCUUUUGACUUUGUAAAAAGGAAGAGAAUUAGAUAUAUCUGUAUAUUUCCCCCCACUGUCCCAGGCCGUUUUCCCUUUGCGGUAUCUGCGGAAGCCGUGGGUCCGCGGGGCAGACGGUGCUGUGUGGUGGUACCCGUGUGUCUAUGUUUCCUUGUGAUCUAGUGUACGGUGGAGAUGCCCAUUGUUGUGGUGCUAAGUAUGUUUUAGAAUCAACCCGUCCCCAGGGCCACGGCAUUAUGGUUCCCACUGCCUCCCCUUGCCCCGCCUGGACCCCUCCAACGUGGUACGGCAGCUCAGGGCUCCUCCCUGCCUGACUUUGGAGCCGGACGAGGGCUGCCAUUCCAGGCCAGCCCAGGAUUUCGUUCCCAGUGGACUCCUGCCCGUCCUGCUCUCUUUCUCCUGAAGCUGUUGAUUGGGGGUGUGGGUAGGGGAGGAGGUACGGACUUCUGAGACAUCUCCCCUUUACUACCCCUUAGCUCUUCCUCACUGCCAUGGGGUCGCGAGCUGGGGAUGGUUUCUUCAGUUUGUUAGAAAAUGACAGUAUUAGUGUAUGAGUGCUGCACUACAGGGCUGAGUUAACUAUCCCACUCACCCCUUUUUCUUCAACUAUCUCUCUCUUCUCUCUAAUUUUACAUUUUGUUGCAUCCUGUCUCUUGGACUCACCCAUUUCCUCUCCCCUGGGCCCAAUGUGUAUUUUUCCCUCGGCCUUCCUGAACCCUAGUGUCUCACAGCUUGGGUCCAAAUGGUAGAAAAUGACCUCAGUCUGAUGCUCCUUGUCUUUAUCCUGGGCUGAGUUGAGUGACAUCUCCAUCCUUCCCUGGGCCUCUUAAGCUGAGGGGAGCUGAGCUGCUCCCGGUCCCACACAGUGCUCUGCUGGCCAGUUGUGGGCAGGAGUGGUGGGGAGCCCCCGUAGCCUGAAAGUGGGUCUCUGGAACUCCUUAAUAGCUUUGAGCAAACAUGACAGUGUUUGCUCCUGGAAGGAGGGAGAAGCAGCAGUCUUGGGGAUGACUUGACUAGGAUGUGCAUGCAGAAUCCAGGAGGGUAGCCAUACCUUGGAGAUCUCGCCUGCAAAGCCAGAAGGAAGGGCUGCCCUUACACUGGGCCCAGUUUUCCAACCCCCCAUCAGAGCAGAGCGGUAGCUUUUCCUGUCCCUGGCUUUUGCCUCCCCUGGCUCUCCCCCUCCUCUUCCUUUUGGCCCCCUUUCUUCUCCUCUUUGCAGCUUACCCUGCCUUCCUCCACCAGUGACCUUGAGUCAGAGUCCCCUUUAGCCUGCUAAAAUCCUGUCCAUGCCAAAGGCUCCCUUAUCUCUGCUUUCUCAUGGCUGCUCAACCCUUCCCUCAGUGGCAUUUGCAGGUUACAAAGGGGCGAAGCCAACUUCCUUUAAAGGGCAGACAUUCAAUCACUUCUUGUCAUUUGAUACAAUCAUCGUCGGGGACUAACAGGUGGAAGUGCAGCUUGAGUUAAGAGCUAUGGUGUACACUCAUGCAUCUGGAAUGAUGGGGGCCCUGCCCAAGGAGCACCCCAGAAAUUACAGGGACGUGAAGGAGAUACCUUCUGACCUCUGAAAUGUCUUGUUGCUGCGUGGCGUGAUGGCUUCAGUCUGCAGGCCCAGGAGGAAGUGAUGGAGCUUUGCUCCUAACUUUGAAUGUCUGCCCUGCGAUGGCAGGGGGCUUCAGACUUGAUCCCGAUGGAACUGAGGAAAAUUGGAUUGAUUGUUAACCUCAGAAAGCUUCUUAUUAUGCUUGGUUGGCCAGAGACCUUUUUGGGGGGACUCCCCCUCACACAUAUAUCCCCAGACACAGUCCCAGUCAACCUGAUGGAGAGAGAGGGAAGCUCUGGUCUAAUUGGGGAGACAUAAUUUUUAUCCUCAAGCCCUCCCUGCUCCAGUGGAGAAGAGUUCCAGACGUGGAAUGCCUUGUCUGCUGGGAUCUCUACUUUUGGGGAGCUCUUAGUCUGAUAAGGAGUCUAAUACUCAGAACAUUGACUGUGGACUUAGCCAAACAAAUCUGCAAAGACGCAUGGGACCCACCUCAGAUGUAACCCUUGCAGACAGAAAAGAAUUUCCAGGAGGAGAAUUCUCUAGAUUUUGGGUUCUUCACAAUCAGGGAAACUUUGGCUUCUCUCAAUCUUACCAGCUAAGGACCCAAGUCCCUGCAGCAGAGACCCUUUCUAAAGCUCAUUGUCUUUGAGGUCAUCCUAAUAUCAACCAUCCCUUGGAGGGGAGCAUAUGGGGACAAUGGUACUUUCCCCUCUAUUACACAGAAGCUUCUUUCGCUUGGCCCCUAGCUCAGCAUAAAGAACAAAUCUGGUUCUCUGUUGGGAAAAAACGAAGGCUGCAGGCUACGGACCAUUCCCUUUAGAGUCAGGCAGCAAUAGUUUUCCACCACUCUCCCAUCCUUGAUGUUGCUCCAGUUGCUUUAUAUAUUGAAUUUUGUAUUGUGACUGUCAGUCUUCUUUGUGAAGGGCACAGAAAAACCUCCCCGCCCUGCCUCAUUCUGAAUUUCAAUCCUGUAUAUGAUAUUAAAAGGAAAUACUUCAUCCAGUGGCGAUAUCACCAUUUAUACCAAGCUGCUCAGAAUGAUGCUUCUUGUAUUUGACCCUCUCUUCUGCCGAUUUGUUGAUCAAUAGAGAUCAGAUAGAGGCUUUGGGCCGACCAACCGUCCAUCAUCUUGGGGCCUUGUGCAGCCGUGGUUGAUAUCCUCCCCGAUCCUCUGGGUCCUUGGUUUAUCCUCCGUGUGGCUGACUGUGGGAUCACUGACAUCGGAGUGCCCUUUCCAGUAGUGAAUCUCUUUUUACUACUGUUAGAUUUAUCAAGCCUCUGGGGCUCUGGACCCCCGUCUUGCCAGGUAUUAACAAAGGCAAAUUCAAGAACCUUUUGGAAUGUCUUUUGGGUUCCCUGCCCUUAGGGAACCAACGGUCCCUUAUAAAAACUGGAAAAUGCAUGAGAAGACCUUGUUUAAAUUGGUUCUCAAGUUUGGGUUUGUAGAUAACUCAUUCCUCCUUCCUGUCAUUGCUUCUUUCCAUAGGACAGUUUAGGAACCAGGGUUUCUGGGCUGGAGAGUCACAUACUCCUAGAAUGAAAGGGGGCUUAGAGAACAUCGAGCCAAGCUGUUGCAUUUUAGGGAUGAGGAAACUAAGGUCCAGAGAGAGGUCACAUAGUGAAUGAGUGGCAACAUGGGGGCUCAACCCUAGCAUAUUUGAGCUCUUAGUCUUGUGCUUGCUUCUGGAGACCGUGCUUUCUCUUCCCCAAGAGACCAGACAGAUGCUGCUCUUCCUCUGCCCCAUAGCAGAAAGGGCCCGUAGGGUAAACAGGGUAAGCUGUCCUUCCCUUCUCCUGUGUCCCCAGCUCCAGAUUCCUGGUGCUGCUGGACUUGUUUUCUGUCUGAUAGCCCCAGAAGAUCCAGACAGUGCAGCAUGAGGUCGUUUUCCCUCAAGCCUGCUUCCUGUGGGGCUCAUAAUUCACUGGGACUUUUACCUAAUAUUCUGUCUGCCGUAUUGACCUGCAUUUCUUCCCAGAGUCCUCUGUGCUCAGACCUGCUGGAGACCACAGGCCAAGCAGUGAUUUUAGGCUAACCAACGGGCAGGUUACGUAGUCUUUGGCUAGAAGCCCAGUCGGGGGUCCAGGGCCCGGUCCACUGGGUGCUGCUGUAGUGCAUCCUCCCAAGGGGUGGGGCCUCUGGUUCUGGGUGUCUGUGCACUUCUCUGCCGCCCCACCAGAGAAGGCCUGGGGAGGGGGUUUGAAUUCUCUCCCUCCUUUGCAGCUUCUCUGAGAGGCAGGUGGCCCCUCUCUCCUACACUGACACUUGACUACAAGUAAGUAAGAGCUAGGUACUUACUGUCUGGCUUUGGCAGAGGGAAAGAAGCCAAUGUCGGCCUAGAGCAGGGGUCAGGGUGGGGGAGACGGGGAAGGAAUGUUCUCCCAUCCCUUAUCAGCACGCCUGGCCGUCUGGAGAAUAACUGAAUUUUCUUUUUGUCCUGACACCCUCCAUUGGACAGAAGGUAUUUUUAUGUUACUCACUGGGGGGUGGCCACGUUCCCUGUGCCAAUGCCCACUUUGAGCCAUUCUGUAUUUGUCCCUGGUAACUGAGUGUUGACUCUGUAGACUUAUUAACAAUAAACAAGAAUCAUCUGGCA